AUGCAAAGCAGAAUUGGAAUCUCCAAGAUCCUCAUCAUAGCUGGAGCAAGUUACACCGGCACCGUCCUUAUCAAAAAUGGAAAAUUGUCCGAUUUGAUCGGCGACCUUCAGUUGCUUGUGAAGGGAUUGGAAAAAUCUGGGGAUCAGGCUGAAGGUGAAAGUGAAUAUGCUGAUGCCAUAGCUGCUCAGGUGCGUCGUUUAGCAAAUGAAGUUCGGCAGUUAUCAUCAAGCAGGCCAAUCACAGUACUGAAUGGGGGUUCUAGACAAAGUAAUUUUUCAUCCCUUGUCGUUCCAGCUGCUGCUAUGGGCGCUUUGGGUUAUGGUUACAUGUGGUGGAAGGGUAUUUCAUUCUCAGAUCUUAUGUAUGUGACUAAACGGAAUAUGGAAAAAGCUGUUGCAGAUUUAACAAAGAAGUUGCAGCAUGCCUCAGAUGUCAUUGCUGAUGCCAAGAAGCAUUUGACCCAGAGAAUUCAGAAUUUAGAUGACAAAAUGCUCAAGCAGAAUGAGUUGGCACGAUAUUAA